UCGCACUCAUUGAGUUAUGAUCGUAAUGUAAUUCAUUUUUGUUAUUCAUUGUUUUGCUGGGUAAUGUAUUUUCUUGUAAUCUGCAGUUAGCAUAUGUGACUGUAGUUAGCUAUGUUAUAGCCUAUGCAGUUUUGUAUGUGGGAAAGAAAUCAACAUGUAUGUGUGUAUAACAAGCUAAUUUGAUAAAGGAGACGUGAAGUUUGAAUCAUUAAGUUGGGCAAAAGGUGAAGCAAAUAGGCCAGAUAACAGUGUAGUAGGAAACUAUCUAACUAAUUAUAUCUGAUACAUACAGGGGUAAAACAUAAAAGUAGGUCCUAUGUUUAUGUUAAUAUUUGUUGGUUUGAAUUCUAGGCUAUAGAUGGCAAAUGAAUGACCAUGAGAAAUAGUGGGUCCAAAGGCCAGACAUUAAGAACCACUGUUCCACUGGAUUAGCCUGAUAACAUACGUUUAAUUGGCUAGGUUUCAAUAUAGUGGCGACAACAAACACAUGCACAGCAAGCAGAGAGGGAGAGAGAGCUGCAAUAGCCUUUUAUCAGGCAGGGUAGGCCUUAACAAUUAAUGAUGUGGUAUCGAUGGGAUCAUCCUCUGGAAGCAUCACUCAAGACAGUCGACAUUCUGAUUCGUCAAAUAGGAGUAUUGUUUACGUCGUCAUCGCUACGAGACAAGCGGAAGUAGACACGAAUUCAACAGCUGCUGUUAGACUGUUACUACUGCAAAUGGUGUAUUUCCGAGCGUGUAUUUGGUAUAGUUUAUGUGAAAUCGGCAUACUUCGUGCACACUUUCGAUAAACUGCUUGGUACAUAUUUUAAUGGUAAGAGCGAACACCCAACUUCUCUCAGAGAAACAGCACAAUGUCGAACCGUCUAGCGUUCCAGACGCAGCUAGCCUCCGUCAUGGAGGUCUUAGCUAAUGCAGCCGUGGCAGAAAUUUGUAAGCUUGUAGACGACGAUUACGCCGUUAUACUAUUGCAAAUGUCUCAGUGCCAACGAGAAAACAAAGUACUCAAAAGGAAGUUGCAUUUAUUUGAACUGAGAAUGGCUCGGGGUAAUGCCGAAAGAAGAAUACGUGAAAGUGCUAUGAGCAAUCGCUCGAACAGAGUCCAUGUAAAUGCAAACAUAAACAUCGGUGACAAGUACAGAGCGCCUAUGUCUGGACACUUCACAUCCGGUGGCGGUGUUCUUGGUAGGCAGAUGAAUAUCGGUUUGUGGGGAGAUGGGCCGUCUUCCGGUGGAACUGAACCCGGUCAUCGCUUAUCAACAACUGAAGUAUGUCUUAACGUAGGGUCUAGAGGUGCAGAGUUGGCGGGGGCUGACCUUGUGCAUGUCAAAGAAGAGAGAGUGGAGAAUGAUUUGGGAGAAAGAGAUGCACAUGAGGGCCUACAAAUCAGGGAAGAUGGAACUGUAGAGGCCGGCUCUAGAGCGGAGAGGUCGGACUUUGAGGACAGCCGGGUUUCACCAGCUAGGAGUUCUGAGGAGCAACCACAGCGCAGCAUCAGGACCGGGCGAGGCACCGUGGAGGUCAGUGGAACCACUGCUACCCUUAAGUCUGAGCCAAAGUUUGAGAUCAUGGGGGGGGUGUCCCUGGACCCCGCUAAAGGAAAAGAUGAGCCAGAGUUUGGCACGGAUACCAGUGCUGGUUCGCUGGAGGCGUUCUUUCUCCCCGAUGGGAAGGAUGUGGUAGAAGCACAGCAGCCCUCUUGCUCCUAUGUGCUGGCGGGCCAAGAAGCCGACAGUUUCCAGUCGAGUGAGGCGCAGAGCCAGUCGGAGGUUAUUGAGGUUGACUCGGAUGAGGAGGGGGGUGAGCUUAGCACAUGGAACAGUGAUGAUCCAUUGUCAGAACAGUGUCAAACACAGAGGCAGUACAGAGGUGAUGCCAUGGAGCAACAGGGCACAAUGUGUCAAGACAACUUCACCAUGCCCCCUCAUGCAAUGAUGGCAGGCGGUGACAUAUCUGGGGCAUCCAGUUUUAGGGACAUGAAUGGAUGGGAGAGGAUUGGCAACACAAGUUUCCUUCCGCCACCAAAACGGGAAAAACUCUUUAUCUGCACAUACUGUGGUAAGGCAUUUAAUCGGCCCAAGAAAGUGGAGAUCCAUCAGCGCAUACACACCGGGGAGAAGCCUUUCAGCUGUGCUACGUGCGGAAAGCUGUUUUCUGAGGCUGGCAACCUAAAGAAGCACCAGCGUGUCCAUACAGGAGAGCAGCCCUACAGCUGCACGCUGUGCGGGAAACGCUUCGCUUGGAUCCGUAAUCUGAAGACACACCAACAGAGGAACCACCCUGACGUGUACACAGGAGAUGAUUUUCUGAUGCCAGAGUCUGGGCCUUCUUAAAAAAAAAAAAAAUAAUAAUAAUAAUAAUUUGUAUGCUCUGUUACGGUGGGUGUCCACGGCACGCGUUAUCGUGCUGCUCUCAUUGGGAUAGAAUGAAUGCGAUUUGCUGCAUACUGAGGGAAAAAAAUCGUGUUUGCUGCCUGCAGAGAGUUGGGCAUUCUUUAACUUUAUGCAAAUGAGAGCGAUUUGCUGCAUGCUGAGAGCCAAUCAGUUCGGCGUGUGUGUGAUUUG